CUCUAUUUUUUUCUAAACCUUUGUGCAUCUGUUUCUUCUGUUAGAUAGUAGUUUACAAUUAAAGAAUAACAGCCUGGGGUUUGCGAUGUUAUCUCACCUUAUGCAGAUUCUUAUCACCGAUAGUCGAAUAUUUAUACAUAUAUUUGCAUCGCCUUUAGGUUAUUGUAAUGACAUAUACACUUCACACAUCGAAUAAUUACAAAAACAAAAUCCUGCACGAGAUAUGUGGAUACAGUCUGUGAUGUAAUAGCGUGCCGUGGUGAGCACUUGACGACGAUGUUAAUCAGAAUGUGCACAGACCUUAUCAGACAGCACGCGAAACAUCUUGUCACAUCGUUCACACGAGAACUAUCUUCUGGAAACAGCCCAUUGACUGUUGCCAGUAAACAUGUUUGAAGAGUCUUUAUCUUGAAUUUGUGUCUACUGAAGCCAGUAAAACUAAGAAUAGAUAUAGUCUCACGCUAAAUCAUCAGUAUUCGGCGAAAAAGGAUGAGCAUAAUAUUAAGUAUCCACCACAUGUCUUAAAAAGAACCCAGCAAGUGAUCUUCACACUUCGACAUUUGCCUCGUACCUUCGGCGCUUCAAAACAAAUCAACGCUGAAGCAAAGCAGCAAGACAGUCUCUCUGUCUCUGUGGUCCGCCUAUCGUCUAUCAUCAGGUCGUCGUCGCUGACCUCCUUGUCGACCGUCACGUCUUCGUGGGCUUCUUUCCCCCCGUGGCUAUGUUUGAGCCGGAGGCGAAGAGUGCAGUGUGGGGCAUCAGUCCCGUGCUCUUCAUCGUGGGCUGCACCUAUCACAUCCUCAGCAUCGCCUUGCCCCACUGGCUAGCCAGCGCCAAUGUCCACCUCGGGCUGUGGGACUACUGCGUGACCGGAGGGCCUUGCGUCGGCAUCGCGGAGAUCAUCAGCGAUAGCGACUGGGGCUGGUACAGAACAGUACAGGGACUGGAAAUAGCCGCCACCGUCUUCGUGCUGACGGCUCUGGUGACCGGGCUGAUGAGGGUCAACCUGGGCCACAAUAUUUGGCAGACCGCCUGCGGCCUCUGCGCCUUCGCGGCCGGAAUAUUCUCCGUGGCAGGAUCUGUGGUGUACGGCAAGAACUACACGGACUUCAGUAAUGUGACUCUAUCCUGGGCUUAUGUCUUUAAUGUUGUAAGUGGCUCUAUGACCCUAGCUUCAGGACCAAUCAUGGUUGUGGAUGCUAUAGUGUAUUCACACUAAUGCCACCUGGAAGGUUUAAUUUUCAUCUCCUACUAGGAGAAUAACAGAAAUAUAACUAGAGGUGAAAGAACCAUUGAUGUUAUGUUGUACAGCAAAAUUUUAAAAUCAACUAUUUAUAGUUACCUUUGUUGUUUGUGAUUUCAUGUUGAAUCAUAAUAGUGCAACCCAUGUUGGUAAUGUGCAAAAGAGAAAUGUUUAAACAACAAUAUACAAACUAUUUCGACAAACUAGUAAAUUUACAACAACUAUAUGUUUAUUAUGUAGAACAAUCUGACAUUGUUGGCAUUAGACUAGAGACAGAAACACACAGAAACAGAAAGAAAUGGUGCAGAACUGUGGCUGAAGGGAUUUACCACUGACCUGACUUAAAGAUGGGGUGUGUAGCAAAAUAAUAAACAAG